CGCCGCCGAUUAGCUGCGCGCGGCUCAUUUGCAUUAACGUCAGUAAAGGCUGUAGGUCAAUCCUUGCGGGUGCUUUUAUUGGAUGUGCCGCUGUCAAGCAGCGCUGAAGAAUUGGAAGGGCAAACGCCAGAAAAAAGGCAGAGAAAAGACAGACACAAAAUCAGCAUUAUGUAGCUCAGUCCCGCCUCACCUCCGCUCGCUCACCGUGGACAGUCCCGCCGUCCCCGAUUUCACACGCGAAACUUGUGGACACGGAGCGGUCCUUUUAAAAAAAUAUUUAUUUAAUUAAUUAUUUUUUUGAUUUUUCUCUGUGCCUCUCAGGCGAUUGCGUUCUCCAGAGGCAGUGCCUCCACAUAUUGGGCUACAAUAUGACAGCCUCUACAUCCCCUUUUCCCUCCCGAAUGAGAGCACACCGCGGAGCCUGCUGACACUGGAGCCAACUGCGCCCGGGUUUGGACCUCUUACAUCAGGCGGAUCAUCCUCAGCCGGCCAGCGGAUGUCUAAUGGGAGAUUCUGCAAGCCACCCAGCCGAGAUUUCUCCGCUCCCUAAACUGGCGAAUUUGGUCGGAUAAAUGGAGCGUUGUGUCGGACUGCAUCAUGGCAUUAUGUUUUACGGGAGGGUGCCUGACAUCGGAGCGACCGGCCAGAAUCACACCCCGCAGUGAGAAUAUUUCAGCCUGUUGAUGAUGAACCGCUCAGGACUGGAGCAAAGGGUCGUGAGAACCGGUUUAUGGCCCGUGUCUCGAGCUGAAGUGGCCAACCAGAUUGUUUAAGAGAGCGAGGGAGGGAGAGAGAGAGAGAGAGAGAGAGAGAGAGAGAUAGCGCGCAAGGGUGGUGGAGAGGGGGGUGGGGGGCAGUAGAAGAAAAAAAUAAAGCAUAAUUUUGAUGGCUCCGGGGUGGGGGAGGACGACUACACAUAAAGCCCUGGACACAAAUGAUGGAUCCAACUAUUGCAUGAAGCUGGCGGGGGGACUGCAUGCGGUGUCUUUGGAGGCACAGGCUACUUGAUGACACUGAAGUUGAGUAGAAAUGAGAAAACGGUGAUGUGGUACGAAGAAGGCGACAGAAGGAGCUGCAGAGAGGGAUACAAGUCGCCCAGAGGGAUCUGAGCAGCCCAUCGGAGGAAUACUUGAAUCCAAGUUUUCAAGGAUAAGAUAGCUGAUUUGAUUAAAGACCUGCAAUUAACUUCAUGUGAAAAAGAGAGGAGGGCCGGGGGGGGCAUCAGCUUCCUGGUCAGGGUGUGGGGGACAGGGAGAUAUAUUAUUCAUGCCUUGUGUUGGAGCCAUUGGAGAACCGGCUUCACUGGCCUAGAUGAUACAUAUAUAUAUAUAUAUAUAUUUAGAUAUAUAUAUAUAUAUAUAUAUAUAUAUAUAUAUAUAUAUAUUCAUCAAAACAGUAAACCUUAAAAGGAAGAGUGGACCUUGACAAACAAAAAAAGAGGGCGAAUGACACUCUGGUAGCCUUAACGUAAAGCACUUGCGCAAAAGGCUAAAGUGGGUUGAAGCAUGGGCUGUGCUUCAAGUAUUCAUAUCUCUGAAAGGGUGGGCUACCAAAGUGGAAAAGAGUCAGAGGAUUCCCACUCACCCCAGCAGACUAAUACCACUCAGCAUCAAGGAAAUCCUGCCUCGGGACUACCCCUAAAACCCACGAGCUGCAAGACCACAUUAACAGAGGUGCAAUUUGGACCAAUGAAGUUAUUUAAAGACCCACUUCAGGUACUUUUAGUUUUUGCCAAAGAGGACAGUCAGAGUAAUGGCUUCUGCUGGGCAUGUGAGAAGGCCAACUUCAGGUGCAGCACGGCACGAACACCCGAGUCGGCUCUUGAAUGCUUCUUGGAGAAGCAUCACGAUCUCGUCAUCAUUGACCACAGACAUUCCAGACACUUCGAUGCAGAAGCACUAUGCCGGUCAAUUAGAGCAGUCAACUCUUCAGAAAACACUGUGAUAGUCGCCGUUGUGAAAAGGCCAGACAGAGAGGAAGCCUCUGUGAUGCCCCUGAUCAAUGCCGGCUUUAAUAGGAGAUAUGUAGAGAAUGCCAAUAUGAUGGCCUGCUAUAAUGAGCUGCUACAGCUGGAGCACGGAGAGGUGCGGGCGCAGUUCAAACUAAGGGCUGGAAAUGCUAUUUUCACAGCUCUAGAACAAAGUCAAGAGGCCAUUGAGAUCACUUCUGAAGAUCAAGUAAUUCAGUAUGUAAACCCGGCCUAUGAGUCCAUAUUGGGCUACCAACGAGGCGAGCUAAUAGGGAAGGAAAUAAAAGAAGUGCCUAAAAGUGAAAAGAAUAAGCCUGAUCUUCUUGAAACAAUAAAUUCCUGCAUACGGAAAGGAAAGGAGUGGCAGGGGAUUUAUUAUGCCAAAAAGAAGAAUGGAGACAGCAUUCAGCAAAAUGUGAAGAUCACACCUGUAAUUGGACAGGGAGGAAAAAUCAGACACUAUGUGUCUAUCAACUGGCCUUUAAAUGAUAAUAAUAAGAUUGAUAAAUCCACUGAACGUGUGCAGGCAGAGUCUCAAACAGACGUCCAAUCCAGUAAGCACAAAGACCGGAGGAAAGGCUCUCUGGACGUAAGAUCCACAACGUCUCGGGGGAGCGAUGGGAGCUCACAGCGAAGGCACUCCUCAAUGGCCCGAAUCCACUCCAUGACUAUUGAAGCUCCCAUCACCAAGGUAAUCAACAUCAUCAAUGCAGCGCAGGAAAGCAGUCCUAUGCCCGUGGCAGAGGCCUUGGAUCGGGUACUGGAGAUCCUGAGGACAACUGAGCUCUACUCCCCACAGCUGGGCACCAAGGAUGAAGACCCCCAUACGAAUGACCUCGUGGGGGGGCUGAUGACGGAUGGUUUACGCAGAUUGUCAGGAAAUGAAUACAUCUUGUCCACAAAACAGCCCCACCCCAGUCACCUGGCCACUCCUCUGUCUUUGAAUGACAUCCCCCCUCGUAUCGCCGCGACCAUGGAGAAUGAGGACUCAUGGGAUUUUGACAUUGUAAACUUGGAGGCUGCGACCAUGAAAAGGCCUUUGACUUACUUGGGCAUGAAGAUCUUCUCCCGAUUUGGGGUCUGCGAGUUCCUAAACUGCCCCGAGGCCACUAUGCGCUCCUGGCUACAUGUGAUUGAAGCCAACUACCACUCCAGUAACUCCUACCACAACUCUUCCCAUGCAGCGGAUGUCCUGCAUGCAACAGCAUACUUUCUCUGUAAGGAGAGGGUCAAGCAAAGUUUGGAUCCCAUCGACGAGGUGGCUGCUCUUAUUGCUGCAACCGUGCACGACGUGGACCACCCGGGACGCACCAACAGCUUCCUGUGCAACGCGGGAAGCGAGCUGGCCAUUCUCUACAAUGACACAGCUGUGCUAGAGAGCCACCAUGCAGCGCUGGCCUUCCAGAUCACCACCAGAGAUGAUAAGUGCAACGUAUUCAAGAACAUGGAACGGAAUGAGUAUCGAACACUUCGACAGGCCAUCAUCGAUAUGGUGCUCGCAACCGAGAUGACCAAACACUUUGAACACGUCAACAAAUUUGUCAACAGCAUCAACAAGCCGCUGGCUGCUCUGGAGGAGAAUGGGGGAAACAGUGAUGAGGAAUCUGUCAAAAGUGUUCUUACAUCACCUGAAAAUCGCAUCCUCAUCAAGCGGAUGCUGAUUAAGUGUGCGGACAUCUCCAAUCCAUGCAGGCCUCUAGAGCUUUGCAUUGAAUGGGCUGGACGGAUCUCGGAGGAGUAUUUUGCACAGACGGACGAGGAGAAGAGACAAGGUCUACCGGUGGUAAUGCCUGUGUUUGACAGAAACACGUGUAGCAUCCCAAAGUCCCAGAUUUCCUUUAUCGACUACUUCAUUACGGACAUGUUUGAUGCAUGGGAUGCUUUCGCAGACCUCCCCAAUCUUAUGCAGCACAUGGACAACAACUUCAAGUACUGGAAAGGCCUGGACGACAGGAAGCUGCACAGCCUGCGACCGCCUCCGGAGUAGGGCCGCUGCUGCGUUCGGCCCUGGGACUCUGGAGUUCCGGGCAGCCCUCCUCUCUCCUGCUGCUGGGGCAUCUCUCUCCCUGCCAGGCCAGCCAGCCAAAAAGGCCUCCUCGCCUUCACUCUCCUGCUUCUGUAGCACGCCGAGCAUCCACACACAGAGGGACAGUAUGCAGCGGUGACACCGCUGGCUUCGCAACCCUGUUCAGAUGAAAACUGACAAACCGACAUGGACACACAGCAUCCUUACAAACUUCUCGUGCCUCUCGGCCAUUUGCAGUGUAGCUGGUAAAGUGACAUGACUGAGAGAGAGUCCUACAGGCCUCCAUCCUUCCCCUAAUUACCACAUGGGCACUCUUUUCUGCCUGUGAAGUUGCUCUUUGAGUAAAAACUUGUUUACUGACGAAGCAAGCAACAUGGGAGGAGUGUGGCUGGAUGUGAAGGUGUCCAAAUCUCGUCAGGCCAUAGAAUCACCUUUGACCUCCACCCCUGUGCUCACAACGUGGCAGGACGGCUCCUUCUGCCCCUCGAGGCCAAACCAUGGAAUAACACUCCACUUCUCUUCUUUUGGCAAUAUUUUCACGUGUCCUUCAGAAAUACAUCCACGUUGACACAACGCUUCCAUAACAAACGUGUACGGGAAUGCUUCCUUUAUGGGUGAAGGAGUGGAUCUUUACUUUAGGUCACUGCUGAGAGACGAAAGACUCAUGAUUAUAGGUAACUAAUUACAGAUAAUUUGGUUUGUCUUUUUUCUUUUCUUAGAUGUUCCAUAUUUUCUUUGUUAAGAUUCACAAACAAAUUAGUUUAUAAAUAAAUAACAACUAAAUGUAUUUCAAAAAGAAAGAGCGAAAAGCCAAAGUUGAAGACAAAUACUACUAUAGCUCUAAAAACACAAUUAUUAUUCAUAUGAAGCAUUACCAUAAUAUACAUUUUUAUUUUCUUAUCAAAAGUACAGUUUUGAUUGAACACUUUUGUAUUGCACUGUAAACAAUAUUACAAAUAUCUGCGUCUCAGUGAUUUGUCCAGGGAUGGGAUGUUGUAUUUUAGAAUAAGCUGUUAUUGUUGAUCAUCAGGAGUUUGUGUGCGAGUGUGUGUGGGGCGUGUGUGUUCGUGUGGGUGCGUUUGGGUCGUAGGUGUGGGCGUAGUCAUUGUUGCAACAGUCCCUUACUCUUGGUUUAAUGCUGUAUACCGCUUUACAUUUGACAACAGCAGAAAUAUGUGAAAACAUUUUGGACUUGAACAUUUUUUCUCCCAGAAAUUUUUGUAUCUGGUUUAUCCUACUGAAAAGACUGCCUUAUUUUAUACAAUAUUUAUACAGUACAUCCCACUGUGCAACUGCAAAGGACAUCUGGAGUUUUUAUUAUGACAUAGUCAGAAGGUUAUGUUCAAGUAAAUCUCAAUAUUUUUAUAGACAAUGAAUUUUACACUGGAUUUGCAGCAAAUGAGAUCAACCAUUAUAGCUAUCUGAAUACCUGUGAAUUGGAUGGUCACUUGUAUACAGAGAACUAAAUGGUUAAGAAGGAUGUGGAUCGCAGAGUUGUCUAUCACUGUCUUUAAGCAGUCUCCUAGAGGCCAGCUUGCAUUGAAUUUUGAUCAACCACCAAUCUAUUUUGGCCACUUGUCCCACACCCUUAUGCACAGACCCAGGGAACAGCUUUAUGUUCAAGGGUGGUUUAAGUUUGGAUACUAAUAUAUGUUAAAGAUUUUUGCUUGUUAAGAAUAUUUCCUCUUUAAACCGUAUAUAAAUGCCAUAACAAUUAAGCAAAUUAUGGUAAAUGAGAAGAUUGAACCACAGUCAUAUUUGUUUCUCUUGUAUGAAAGAACUGUACACUCAAUCAGGGGAUUGUUGGUUUCUUCUGAUUCACGUCUUGGUCUGAAGGCACGGGGGAAAAAAAUAGAAACUAUUAAAUGAAAAAUAAAAUAAUUUCAAUUAUAAA